AUGAGAUCUUCUUAUUUUUCAUGUAUCUCUCGUAUCAGAAAAGAAGGGACAGGCGUUUUUAUGCAGUUUUAUCAAGUUCUAGUUGUUGUUUGUUACUUUUCAAUUAAUAUUGAAGCUGUUUUGGACAGAAAUUGCACACACUUCACCGCUGAGGGCAAAUAUGCCACAAAUGCAGUGAACUGUGAUAACAUCUACAGUGAUGACGCUUGCACUAUGAUAUAUGGUAGUAGUGUUGUUGUAGGAACAACUGUUGAAAGACCACUUCUAUGUUUCAUGCUGAACGGAGAACGGAGUGAAGAAAUGAAACGAAUUUCUACUAGUACUUGCCCCAAGACGUGUGGAUAUUGCUGCCAAACUGAACCAUUUGAUUGCAAUAAUUCUCCAUUCCCUCGAAUAAACUGCGCUCUUGUGACUAGUAGAAUGUGUAAGGAUCCUCAAUGGCGUGAAGUACUCACGGAAGACUGUCCAAAUGUUUGCGGUUUCUGUUUGGAAGGUGGAUGUUUUGACAAGGCUGUGGAUUGUACAACCGAUAUUUCUAUUUGUAUGAAUGUGGGAAUGCAGGACUUUGUUAAGGAGUAUUGUCGCAAAACCUGCGGAUUCUGUCGACCGACCGCCACAACAACACCCGACCCAGAUUUUCGCGGCACCAGUCCCAAUUGUGUGGAUCAUAAUACAAAUUGUGCCAGUUGGUCGUACCGGGGAUAUUGUACCAGUCCGUUCUACAGUUAUGAGACCAAAUUUGCGAACUGUGCGGCGACGUGUUCACUAUGCUGA